CGGACAAAUAUUUCCAGAAUACUCUUUCUGUAGACGAGUCUCAAAAAGACCUCAACAUGGCCCAGAAGAGGACAACAAAACUGGUGGCAGAUGAACCUGACUUCCUGCAGUUCAACGAUUUGACCUGUGAGACAGUUGGAGGGAAAGUUAUUUUUGCUACCGACGAGUGGUUCGCUCCAGCUAAAAACCUGCUGAAGAAAGAACCACCUGAGUUCAUCGUUUCGGCCUUCACAGAGUUUGGAAAAUGGAUGGAUGGAUGGGAGACGAGGAGGAAAAGAAUACCCGGUCAUGACUGGUGCAUCAUCCAGUUGGGAGUACCUGGACUGAUUUGUGGCAUCGAUGUUGACACAUCUUUCUUUACUGGAAAUCAUUCCCCUCACAUCUCCAUCCAAGCAGGCUGUCUAGAAUCACUACCUACCUUCACCCUGGAAGGAGACCGGACUGGCAUGUCUGCCUCCAACAGUGAGAUGGCUGCUGUUGCCACGCUGUGCUCAGAGGAAUGGCCUGAGUUGGUGGGCAUGUCUAAGCUGGAACCAGGAUACUUGGACUGCUGCCACAACUACUUCAAGGUCAACUUUAAAAGGAGAGUAACGCACCUGCGGCUCAACAUGUACCCAGAUGGGGGGAUAGCCCGGCUGCGGGUGUAUGGCGUUGGGCAAAGGGACUGGUCGUCCAUUUCCUCCGAUCAGCAGGUGGAUCUGGUGGCACAGAGCAAUGGCGGUGUCUGCCUUGGCUACAGCAAUGCCCACUUUGGACAUCCACGCAACAUGAUCGGCUUUGGCAGAGGUGUUAACAUGGGUGAUGGAUGGGAAACAGCCCGGCGACUGGACCGACCCAAAGAGCUGAAGGUGGAUGGGCAGGGCAUCCUGCAAGUGCCCGGGUCAGAGUGGGCGGUGUUUCGUCUUGGUCAUGUUGGUCUGAUCAGCAGCGUUGAAGUUGACACCAACCACUUCAAAGGUAACUUCCCAGACUCCUGCCGGAUUGAGGCCUGCCUCCUGAACCCUGAAGAAGAGGAUCAGUCUGUCAGAACCAAGUGGAGUUCUGUGAAAUGGGAGGUCCUUCUGCCCCCUCAGAAGCUCCGCCCUCAUCACAGACACCACUACAGCAAAGCUGACCUGACCAUGACCCAUCUGGUCAGCCAUGUCCGUCUUGUGAUCGCCCCGGAUGGAGGAGUCAGCCGUCUGCGACUCUGGGGUCAACCUACCACCGCAGCUUCAACCAAUCAGAAGAGACCUGUGUCCAAACUCUGACAUCCUUCUGAACUCGUCUAAUAUCUCUGAGCAGAAGGUGUUAGACUGCAGGGUACAAAUUAAAGUAAUAAGUAAUAGUUUGAUUUAUGAUGACAUGAACAAUAGAAUUGUCUGUUCUUAAAGUCAUUUAAUAAAUAAUAAAAAUGUUCUCGAGUAA